GUUCAUGCACUGAUUUCUGAAUUUGCACACCUCUGUAUUGCCACAUCGUCCAGUGGUCCCAUUUACAAGUGAAGAGCAUUCUGUAAGUUCUUUCUAAUUUCUUUACGUAUUUGACGUAGUCUCUACUAAGCUUUCAUCCUUACGAAAGUGAUGAAAAUGUUGCCUAAUAACGGCAGAGCAGAUUUCGGAUGGUAAGCAAGCAAGAGUUGACCCGGUGCCCCACUUUGUGGUUUAAAGGACGUCUGGACUUGAAGGGAAAAAAGUCAAAGCUACGAGAAGGGAGCGUAUUUUCAGUAAACCGAAAGAACAAAACAAGUAUUAAUGGUGCGCCAUGGUGUGCCCCAGCGUCAACCUAGCGCGCCCUUGUUGAAAGCAUCAUCCUGAGAGAUGAAGAUGAGAGCGCCAACAUUUGUACUUGUGUGGAGCUGUCUGGGGUUUCUUCACAGCGUUCAGUGCGGUUUAGGGGACAACCAUUUGCAUUCCAGCUUUAUUUACAGGCGGUUGCGUAACCACGAGCGGCGAGAGAUCCAGAAAGAAAUCCUCUCCAUCCUGGGCUUGCCCCACCGUCCCAGGCCCUUUUCGCAGGGGAAACAAGGGUCGUCAGCACCUUUGUUUAUGCUGGACCUGUACAACGCGAUGACGACCGACGAGGAGAACGUGAUGCUCGGAAAGGUGCUCACUGGGAAACCGCGUAAAAGCGCGUCUGGAGUUGCACAUGGACAUUGGCGUGCACCGCAUCAGGCGUACCGCGCAGCGCCCGCUGCCAGCCAGAAUCCGCCUCUGGCCACAGAGCACGACACCAACUUUCUGAAUGACGCGGAUAUGGUGAUGAGUUUUGUCAAUCUAGUUGAGAGGGAUAAGGAUUUCUCCCAUCACAGACGACAUUACAGAGAGUUUCGUUUCGACUUGACUCAGAUUCCUGAAGGUGAAGCUGUGACUGCUGCCGAGUUCAGGAUUUAUAAAGACCAAAGUCCUGUCCGAUACGAGAACAUCACACUCAAAGUCACCAUAUAUCAAGUCAUCAAAGAAUAUGCAAACAGGGAUGCUGAAACAUUUCUUUUGGACUCUAAAAAGAUCCGUGCUUCUGAUGGAGGAUGGCUGGUGUUUGAUAUCACAGCCACCAGUAAUCACUGGCUUUUGAAUCCACAGCAGAAUAUGGGCCUUCAGCUGUGUGUGGAGACCGCUGAUGGUAAAAGCAUCAGUAUGAAAUCUGCUGGCAUCAUUGGAAGAAAUGGCCCUCAGUCCAAGCAGCCAUUCCUUGUUGCUUUCUUCAAAGCCAGCGAGGUGCUUCUCCGUUCCGUAAGAGCCACAGGUGGAAAGAGGAAGACCCACAACCGAAAUAAAACCAAAACCCAACAAGAAACUUCACCGGCUCUCAAAAGUGGAGAUCAAAACACCAGUGAACAGAGGCAAGCCUGCAAAAAACAUGAACUUUACGUCAGCUUCCGUGACUUAGGAUGGCAGGACUGGAUUAUUGCUCCGGAGGGAUAUGCAGCCUUUUAUUGUGAUGGAGAGUGUUCGUUUCCACUGAAUGCACAUAUGAACGCAACAAACCACGCCAUUGUCCAGACCUUGGUCCAUCUAAUGUUCCCUGACAAUGUGCCAAAACCCUGCUGUGCACCAACCAAACUGAAUGCCAUAUCAGUGCUGUAUUUUGAUGACAGCUCCAACGUGAUAUUGAAAAAGUACAGGAAUAUGGUGGUAAGGUCCUGUGGAUGUCAUUGAAGGCCGGAGUGCUUCUGUGAUAUUGCUGCAAUGAAAAACAUAUCAAAAUAAAUAGUUUUUGACAUUUGA